AAGCGUCUGUCGUUCCCCCCUCCGGUGCCUGUGCGGCCGCCCUGAAUGAUCCGGCCCAGAAACUUCCGCGCGCCUCGCCGUCGGGCCGGCCUUCCUUAGUGUCAAUCGCUACCGCCGCCGCCAUGGCGUUCACGUUCGCUGCUUUCUGCUAUAUGUUGGCGCUGCUCCUCACUGCUGCGCUUAUCUUCUUCGCUAUAUGGCAUAUUAUAGCUUUUGAUGAGCUGAAGACUGACUACAAGAAUCCCAUAGACCAGUGUAAUACACUAAAUCCUCUUGUACUUCCAGAGUAUCUCAUCCAUGCAUUCUUCUGUGUCAUGUUUUUGUGUGCAACAGAAUGGCUUACACUGAGUCUUAAUAUGCCAUUACUGGCUUACCACAUUUGGAGGUAUAUGAGUAGGCCUGUAAUGAGUGGACCAGGACUCUAUGAUCCCACAACCAUUAUGAAUGCGGAUAUUUUAGCAUAUUGUCAGAAGGAAGGGUGGUGCAAACUAGCAUUUUAUCUUCUAUCCUUUUUUUACUACCUAUAUGGUAUGAUUUAUGUUUUGGUGAGCUCCUAAAGAAUGAUGUACAGCAGACUUGAUUCCAGCAAAGUGCAUGCAGAAAAGCCAUAAAGCAAAGGAUUAUCUUUGAAGAAGAAACUGGUAUAAAGAUUUAGCUAUGGAAUCUGGUGAUCAUAGUAAUAGUAGAAGGAAAAGGCCUUCCUCUUCUAUUGUUUUCUUCCGUCCAAAAGCAUCUAAUCUUUAAUAACUCAUGGACAGACUUUUUCAAUUGGGAUAUUUAAGAUGACAAGAAUUACAUAUAAAUUAAUGUAACACAACUGCCUCUGGCUUUUGGACAGUUUUAUUCCUGCCUUUUUACUGAAGAUCAGUUGUAUCUUCAGUAAAAUAUGAAAAUUACUGUCCUUAGCAUAAGAGAGUCCCCCCCCCUUUUUGUUUACUGGACUUUUUAGUGGCUUAUUUGGAUAAUGGACUUUCAUCCCCCUGUCAAUUGUAGUCAAAAUUUCUUAGGUAAUCUCUGUCACGUAGAUGAAUACAUCAAUACAGCUGCAGGAAGAGUUGUAAUUCUUUUUUUACUAUUAGGAUCUUCUCCAGUAAUAUGCAUGGAUCAACAUUUUCCUAUGAACAUGAAACACUGAGCUUUAAUUUCUCAGGCUAAAUGGAUGUUAGGAAAAGUAGAGCUCAUUAUUAACAUGAAAUAUUGAGCUGACUAUUCCUUCCUUUGGUUUUCCAGACUAGAUGGAUAUCAGGAAAAGUAUUUUUGUUUUUAUUUCAUAUUUUGAAAAAAUCUCUGCAAUUGUCUCAAACUGCCAUAUAUCUGAAACCAAUUUAAUAAAAAAUCAUUUUGAAAGUGCGUGGCAUAUAUUUUGAGUUAUACAUGCCAUAGGGUUUGGCAAAUUUAUUUGAUAUGCCACAAUAAAAAUCUCCAAGAGAGAUUUAAAUAUUAAUAUUUCAGACAUAAGGGGUUAGCUGUUGAGCAAGCAUGGCUACAAUUCUCCAGUGGAUUGUUUAACACCUGGUGAUUUCUGGGAGAUUUAUAUUGGUAAACUUUGCUGUGGUCCUAAAAGAAAACUCUAUUUGUAAGCAAAAGCAUGGUCUUUGGAACAAGUUAUUUAAGUUUUCAUUCUGAAAGAUUUCUAGAUCAUGUACUUUCCAAUUUAAAGCACUUUGGAAAAUGGAUAAUCUCGGGAGAAAAAUAUUAAACUAAACUGAAUUUUAUUCACCCUGUUGAAAAGCUUUUUAAUCUAUUCAUGAUGGAACUUCCCUUUGCAGUUUGAGAACAGGGGAGCUACUAGAUUACAAGAUCUCUUUUAAGUGUAAAUAAGAGACCUUUAUUUCAUUUAGGUCCAUAAAAAUAGGUGAAGAAGUAGUGACUAUGGAGAACUUUAAUUAAAACUAUGAAAAUCAUUUCUGACCAUUUUGAAAAGCUGACUUCUUUAAAAUGAGUUGAGGUUGCCAAAAUGAUAUGUAAUACACGUGUCUAGAUUCUGUAUGCUGUUAUGAGAGAUAUGCACAUUUCUUGGUAUACUGUCACUAUCUUCAACAUCAGAGUAUUUAUGCUAGUGCUUGGUGUCAAAAAUAAGUUAUACGAUGCAGCAGUUUUUAGAUAUGCAAGUUGCUGUGGAAAAUCUCUGCAAUUGUCCACAUCACUCCUUUAAAUAUGGAAGAUAUCCUCACUGAUACGUUCACAUAGAAAAGAAUGUUUUUGAUAUUUUCUUUUAUAUUAGUACUGAAUUUUUACAUGAAUUUGAAUGCUAGCUGCACUAUUGUGCUGCCUAUUUGGGAGACCUAUAACAUUUUAAGAAUAAAAAUAAUGGAUUGUCAUGUA